AUGGAGACAGUAGCGACAGGCAGCUCAGAGGGCUCGGCUUCAGCCUUCAUCAGCGUCGUCGAUCUCCAUACAGGCACUCACCUGGCUUCCCUGCGUGAAUCUGCUACAGCUGCGCAUGGCGUGACAUCUAUUCAACGAGGUGCGCUUCUCCUUGCUGCUCAAAACGACAAGAGCCUGGUGCACGUCUAUAGGCCCCUUGUCAAGGAAGGUAUCGAUCAAAAGUUGAUUGUGCCAGAGAAGCUGGAUGUCUUGACGGCGAGUCCGUGCGGGACAUGGUUGCUUGGCGGUGCUGCAAGCGGAAAGCUUUACCUAUGGGAGCUGGCAUCAGGUCUGCUGCUCUUUGUCAAGGAUGCGCAUUACCAAGGCAUUACCAAGCUGCUCUUCACAAGUGACUCUAAGCUGUUCAUCAGCGCAUCGGCUGAUGCGACGGUGCAAAUAUGGAGCGUAGCACAAGUUCUAGACCGUGACGAGCAGCAAGACCUUGCGCGGCCUGCGAGAACUUUGAAGUUGCAUACUCUUGGCAUCACAGAUAUGUACAUUGGCAUUGGUACGUCAACAACAGCCAGGCUCUACACAGCAUCCCUCGAUGCGACCGUCCGGAUAUGGGAUCUAGUGACGGGCGAGUUACUGACGACCCUGCUCUUCAUAAGCCCUGUACAGUGUCUGGCGGUAGACAAGACGGAGCAUCAAGUCUACGUCGGCCUCGAGUCGGGCUCUGUCCAAUGCGUCAAGUUGGUCGUUGAAUCAGACCGCACGCACCGAGCCAUUGGUGGCAUGUCCAGCAUUGUGACAGCCGGUACGCAUUCAUCAUCGCUGUUCACAGGCCACGAGGCUGCAGUCUCUGCGUUAUCUCUCAACUUUGAUGGCAGCUUGCUCGUCUCUGGCGACGCCUCAGGCAAUGUCUUUGUCUGGGACGCUGCUCGUCGCCAGCUGGUACGACGACUCAAGGCGCAUGGCUCGCGCAUCUCCUUUAUUAGGACUGAAGUGCGCCCAUCAGUGCCUGUUUCAGAAGGCAAGUCAACACUGGUGUUGCCUCCGCUCAAGCGCGUUCAAGCGGAGCGGGAUCUUGAUGAGCACCAGAUAUGGCUCAAGCUGGCGUCUCGUUCGCAGAGCUCCUUCAAGCCGAUGGCAGAUGCAGAUGCCGUUCUUGUUGGUCUCCAGCAACUCAACGAACCCGCUGUCGGUGCAGAUAAUGCCGAAGAGCUCUUUGCACUUCAGGAGACAUUAAAGAAGACACAGGCAUCCUAUCAAGAACUUUGGCAGCAACAUGAAGCGCUCAAUAAGAAGUACAUUGCUUCUCAGUUCUAA